AUGUCGACGGCAUCUAGUGCAGCUGGUGACCCUGCUGCCGGUCAACAAGCGGCCCCCACGCUGCAACUAAACAGGUCCUGCGAAUCAUGCCGAAGCCUCAAAGUCCGCUGUCUGCCUGACAGCAAUUCGCCCAACCAAUGUCAAAGGUGCGCAAAGGCAAAAAGAGCUUGUGUUUUUGUGGCGCCGCAGAAGCGACGGCCCCGCAAGAGGACCGACUCCCGGGUCGCGCAGCUGGAAAGAGAGAUGCGUCAAAUGCGGUCUCUCUUGAAAGGUCGCUUGCAGGCGGAUGACAGUGGCCCGGAUAGCUCUGACAGCGAUAUGGAAGCAUCCCUAGAAUCAGAUCAGAAGAUGGACCGGAACGAGACCCUGUCACCGGCUAUGGAAGCUCAAAGCAACACGUCAGGCCCCACGAGACACAUCGAUUCCCAUUCUCCCAGGUUCCCACCACCACCGCUCCCUCGCGACAUUGGGUUUCCCUUGACGUCCUUUACACCCACCCUUACCGAAUCCUUUCCGGACAACACCUCCGGACCUGAUGUCAUUGAACGAGGCGUGAUCUCCCUGGAGUAUGCUGAAAAGCUGGUGGUUUUCUUUGUGACUGAGCUCAUGGUUUUCGUUCCCAUGGUGCUACUUCCUCCAGACACCACGGCAUCCCGGUUGCGUCGCUCAAAGCCAGUGUUAUUUCUCUCUGUGUUGGCAGCGGCUGCUUUAUCCGUGGACGAUAAUCUGGCAGCUGUCCUCAACCAGGAACUGGUCCGACUGUAUGCGGAACGAUUCUUUAUCAAUGGGGAUAAAUCUUUGGAAUUGGUCCAGGCUUUGCUGCUCAUGAUCAUCUUCUAUUACCCUCCAGACUCACCGCUGAAACUCCAAUACUACCAAUAUACCCAUAUCGCUGCCACCAUGGCAUUGGAGAUAGGUCUGGCAUCAGGGAGCAAUGUGACGAAUGAGAUGAGCAGCAAGCCCAAUAAACGUGGCACUUAUGAUGAACAUCUUGCCCAGCAAGCGAGAGCAGUUCUAGGAUGUUACCAUUUAGCGUCCACGGUUGCGAUGAAAACACGUAGGCCGAAUCUGCUGUCUUGGAACCCGUGGAUGAACAAGUGUACACUCCACCUGCAGCGUUCGCCCCAUGUCAGGGACAGGCAGAUGGCUGUAUGGUUCGAGCUGCAGAGACUUGUUGACGAAGUUAUGACUUCCUUUGGUCUAGAGGACACCAGCGUCGUCAAUCCGUUGUCAGAAAUGCGUAUCCUGACGAUUCUGAGGUGGUUUGACGAUCGUAUGCAGUCCUGGAAGAAGAACAUAUCUCCUGAAAUGCUACAUGUCCCAAUAGCGUUCGAGUACCACUAUACCAAGCUUGCCAUAUAUGAGCUAGCUGUUGGCGAAGGAUACCGGGAUCCUGAGUCGAUCAAGCAGCAAUAUUAUACGCUACCAGCACCGGACAGUGAUAUACAGCGCAAGGAUGCCCCACUGAGCGCUGCCCGCAUAGACAUCACGAUCAAAUGGAUGAAUGCGGCUCAAGAGAUGCUGGACUUCUUUCUCACUUGCGACACAGACCUUUUGCGCAAGAUCCCCAACCUCGUUUACGCACGGGUUGGCGCUGCCAUGAUGUCUCUGUUGAAGAUCUACCAUUCCGUCAGUGUGGGAUCCUUGGGGGAAGUAGUGACGCCGGAAACAAUCAAGACUGGGGUUUAUCUCGACGCUUUGGGCCGCAGACUCACCGAAGCAAGUGGAGAUAAGAAGUACCGGGUUCCGAGCCGCUGGUUAUAUGUCAUCGCUGUAAAAGGUCGAAGUUGGUAUGAGCAAAUCCAAGAAAAGACACACCCAGAUGACAGGCAGGAUCUCCACGCGGCGACAGGCACACCAGUAAAUCACCCCAACGCUCUGCACACCCCACAAUCGUUCGGGCCUGGUGUCCAAACAUCAAUGGAAAUGGGUGCGGACGUUUCGCAGAUUCCUAGUUUUCAUCCCAUGCCCGGCGGAACUUAUGGACCUGGGCCACCGGUAGGCCCCGUUUGGCCAACGGAUCAGCCAGGUACGGGUGUCCAGAAUUAUCUUACCAUGCAACAGAUGGCAACCUAUCCGCCGCCGGUGUUGGCAUCAUAUGCGUACGGGGGACUGCAGCAGCAGGUAUCUCCAGGAGGCACCCACCAUCACAGGCCGAUGCCUCCGACAAAUAGGGCGGAAGGGGACUGCUGGGUUCCUGAGGGCAAUGUAUAUGGGAUGUCGAAUAUGCAGGGGUUUUAG